AUGCUUCCCACUUUUAAAGAACAAGAAUACCAUUUGUUGCCCAAACAUAACGCGUCAGAUGAAAAGUCCAGAUAUGAUGAAGAGUUCAUGUUGAGCAGUGGCACAUCGUCUUCUUCUAAUUCUACCGAUGAUGAUGGCAUUCGAGAAAGAAUACCUCAUAGAACACUAUUAAAGGGUGUCAAAGAGCAUGUUGAAGAACAUUUUGAUCGGCCUGAACUUGUCCGAGACUGUAUUCUAGGUUUAUCAGAUGGUUUGACUGUUCCUUUUGCUCUUGCAGCUGGUCUCUCGAGUCUAGGUGAUAGUCGCAUUGUGAUAUAUGGUGGUUUAGCAGAGCUGGUUUCUGGUGCUAUAUCUAUGGGACUUGGUGGUUAUUUAGCAGCAAAAUCUGAGGCUGAUCAUUAUCAUACAGAGCGUGAGAGAGAAGCACGAGAAGUCGAAUUAUAUCCUAAGGAAGAAGAAGAGGAAAUCAUAGAGUUAUUUGAACCUUAUGGCUUAGACCGCGAAUCUAUGGAACCCAUGAUGGUACGCUUUAGACAAAAUACAGAAAAGUUUGUUGAUUUUAUGAUGCGAUUUGAACUAAACCUCGAACUGCCUGAUCCUAAUCGAAGUUGGAUCUCUGCUUUAACUAUUGGUCUGUCUUAUUUGCUUGGCGGUGUGAUUCCUCUACUUCCUUAUUUAUUUAUCAGCAAUACGGUGAAUGCAUUGUAUACAUCUUGCUUUGUUACUUCUCUUACAUUAUUCUGCUUUGGCUAUCUAAAAAGUAUUUAUUUAAGGCCCAAACAAGCACUCAUUGGGGCUAUUCAGACGCUGCUUAUAGGGGCAGUUGCAGCAGCAUCCAGCUACGGUAUUGUGGCAUUUGUCAAUUACUCAAAUGAGAGCAUGGCAAAAAGUUAA